AUGCGCACUGCUCUUACAAGAUUGUAUCAAGUUCGUACUCAAUUUCCCCGCUCCAGCGCCCCCACGCGCUUCUUCCAUACGUCAUCGGCCGUUAUGGCAGGUCUCACGAUCAACUCACAGUAUGCCAUGCCGUCGGGGCACAAGAUUCCUGUUCUUGGCUAUGGCGUCUACCAAACACCGGCAGAUGUCGCUGCCGAUGUGGUUCAGCAUGCGCUCAAGGUUGGCUAUCGGCACGUUGAUUCAGCUGUAGCGUACCGGAACGAGCAACCUUCCGCCGAGGGUAUGAAGAAAUCUGGCAUUUCUCGGGAAGAAUUGUUCUUUACGACGAAGAUUCCGCCCAAAGAUAUGAGCUACAUCACCGCGAAAGCGCACAUCGAGAACACGCUCAAGACCACGGGAUUCGAUUACGUCGAUCUCUACCUGCUGCAUAGUCCUUACGGUGGAAAGGAGAAUCGGAUCGGCGCAUGGAGAGCCCUAGUUGAGGGCGUGCAGGCUGGUAAGAUCCGUUCCAUAGGCGUGUCCAACUAUGGCGUCCACCAUCUGGAAGAACUAGAAACGUGGAUCAAAGAGACCGAAGCGAAGGAGGGCAAAGGCAAAGGAGGUGUGAUCAGCAUAAACCAGGUCGAACUGCAUCCUUGGCUUGCGCGACCGGAUAUCGUUGCAUGGUGCAAAGAAAGGAAUGUGCUGUGCGAAGCAUAUUGCCCAAUUGUCCGUGCGACUAGAAAUGAUGAUCCGCUACUGAAGCCACUCGCGCAAAAAUACGACAAAACUUCAUCCCAAAUCUUACUAAGGUGGAGCUUACAGAUGGGCUUCGUUCCACUUCCCAAAUCUGUCACCAAGUCUAGAAUCGAGGAGAACGCCCAAAUUUACGAUUUUGAGCUUACGGAUGAGGACAUGAAGAGCCUCGAUACCGGAAAGUACGAGCCGUGCGCAUGGGAUCCCACAGUCAGUCACGAUUGAUGGCGCCAGUUUAUGUAUCUACCAAUAGGUACCUGAAUUCAAUGUUUCCGCCAUGCUUCCCAA